CCGAGCGGAGGGGCGCGCGGCCAGGGACCCCUCGCGCUCGUCCCCCGAGGCCGCGCUGGGGCGCCGCCGCCGGAGCCCGCCAUGGACGAGCAGAGCGUCGAGAGCAUCGCCGAAGUGUUCCGAUGUUUCAUUUGCAUGGAGAAGUUGCGCGACGCGCGCCUGUGUCCACACUGCUCCAAGCUGUGUUGCUUCAGCUGCAUCCGGCGGUGGUUGACAGAACAAAGAGCUCAGUGCCCCCACUGUCGAGCUCCACUCCAGCUCCGAGAACUUGUCAACUGUCGUUGGGCUGAGGAGGUGACCCAGCAGCUUGACACGCUGCAGCUGUGCAAUCUGAACAAGCAUGAAGAGAGUGAAAAGGACAAGUGCGAAAACCAUCAUGAAAAGCUCAGUGUAUUUUGUUGGACGUGUAAGAAGUGCAUUUGCCACCAGUGUGCCCUUUGGGGCGGAAUGCAUGGAGGGCAUACAUUCAAGCCACUGGCUGAAAUUUAUGAACAGCACGUGACAAAAGUGAAUGAAGAGGUGGCCAAGCUUCGUCGCAGACUCAUGGAGCUGAUCAGUUUGGUGCAAGAAGUGGAAAGGAACAUCGAAGCGGUACGUGGUGCAAAAGACGAGCGCGUUCGGGAAAUCAGGAAUGCGGUGGAGAUGAUGAUUGCCAGGCUGGACACCCAGCUGAAGAACAAACUGAUCACGCUGAUGGGUCAGAAGACUUCACUCACUCAAGAAACAGAACUUCUGGAGUCUCUCUUGCAGGAAGUAGAACACCAGCUCCGGUCCUGCAGCAAAAGUGAGCUGAUCUCCAAAAGCUCAGAGAUCUUGAUGAUGUUCCAGCAGGUCCACCGGAAGCCCAUGGCUUCCUUUGUCACCACGCCUGUCCCUCCAGACUUCACAAGCGAGCUGGUACCUGCAUAUGAUUCAACGACGUUUGUGUUGGAGAAUUUCAGCACUUUACGUCAGCGGGCAGAUCCGGUUUACAGUCCGCCUCUUCAAGUUUCUGGGCUUUGCUGGAGGCUAAAGGUUUAUCCAGAUGGAAACGGGGUGGUGCGAGGCUACUAUCUGUCUGUGUUUCUUGAGCUCUCUGCCGGAUUGCCAGAAACAUCCAAAUACGAAUAUCGUGUAGAAAUGGUCCACCAGUCCACUAAUGAUCCUGCGAAAAACAUCAUUCGAGAAUUUGCCUCUGAUUUUGAAGUUGGGGAGUGCUGGGGCUACAACAGAUUCUUUCGACUGGACUUGCUGGCUAACGAAGGCUACCUGAACAGGCAGAAUGACACCGUCAUUUUAAGGUUCCAGGUGCGCUCGCCUACCUUCUUCCAGAAGUGUCGCGACCAACACUGGUACAUUUCCCAGCUGGAAGCUGCCCAGACGAGCUAUGCCCAGGAAAUAAGCAAUCUCAAAGAGGGGCUUGCGAUCACACUUUCCCGUGUCCAGAAAUCCCAUGGCCUGUUUCCUCCAGACAGUCACCUCAGUCCUCAGAGUGAUGAUGCUCUGGGAACAAGACCAAAAAAGUCGGGACCAAACUCAGAAGUGCUUCUUGAGACGGUGGCCAGCACAGCAUCGCCCAGGGAUACAAAGGAGGAAGAGGAGGAGGAGGAGGAGGAGAAAGUUCAGUAUGAAGACUUCAAUCAUGAGCUCUCGGAUGGGGAUCUUGAUGUCGAUCUCGUCGGGGAGGAGGAGGCAGCAAACAACCUCAACGGCAGCAGCUCCUCUGCCAGUUCAACAGCAACCAGCAACACAGAAGAGAAUGAUAUUGACGAGGAGACCAUGUCUGGGGAGAAUGACGUGGAGUACAGUCACAAUAUGGAAUUAGAGGAAGGAGAUCUUGGGGAAGAAGCGGCUUCUGCCACCGCGGGUGCCUCAGGGGUGAACCACAGCUACCCUGCUGGGAACAGUCGAAUGUCCCGGCGUGGAGGAAGCUCACUGGGCUCUGCAGCUAGUAGCGGCUUGCUGGACCUCGAUCCCUUGAUCUUGAUACACUUGCUGGACCUGAAGGACAGAAAUGGGCUGGAGAACUUCUGGGGCCUGCAGCCGCGCCCUCCAGCGUCCCUUCUGCAGAACAGAGCUUCCUAUUCGCCCAAAGAGCGGGAUCAGCGGCGGCACCAGGCCAUGUGGCGGGUUCCACCAGACCUGAAGAUGCUGAAGAGGCUGAAAAGCCAGAUGGCGGAAGUCCGCAGUAAAAUGUCGGACGUGAAGAACCAGCUGUCCGAGGUCCGGAGCAGCAGCGCCACCUCUUCUGAUGGGCAGGCCGUGUACUCCGUCCCUGGCGACCAGGCUGCCUUGGCUGCGUGUGGGGCAGAGAGCUACAGCAAGCUGCAGGAUCUUGGGCGGGAGCUGCUGACACGAUCCUCCCUCUCCAGCUGCUACAUGCGUAGUUCCACUGGUAAGAAAAGCCAUUCAGCCAAGGCUGGUCGAACCGGGGCAGCCGGCAGCCUGUCCCUGCGCAGAGCCAUGGACUGCGGCGACGGGAAUCCUCACUUGAAAGGAGACGGCCAGGUUUCCUCUGAAGGUUGCCUGGGGAAUCCGAAACCCAGCAGUCGGCGUGGCUCCCCCAGGUCUUUGGCGAAUGGUAAUGUCUCAGAGCCGUUGUCCAAGUCUGAAGACAGGCAGUGUGAAGUCCCUGGUUCUGACAUGGACGCCUCUGGUUUAAACGGCGUAACUCCUGUGGACAAAGCCAGGAAAGCGGUGGCUGUGGGGUCCAACUCGAGUCGUUGCCGUGUGGAAGCGGUAGAGUCGGCCGACUUGGAAAACGGCGCUGAAGCUGCAGAGCUGCCGGAGGUCCUCUGUGACAGACCCACUGCAGCCCGAGAAGAAGCUGGGCUCUGCCAGAAGCAUGUCCUUCACCUCCUGCCAGGCAUGAGCAGCGACAGCGACAUUGAAUGCGAUACAGAGAAUGAGGAGCAGGAGGAUGCUGAAGCUGCCGGUGCUACUCCAGAUGUCUUCAGCCAGGCUUUCCAGGGCCAGCCUUCAAACAACGCCUUGGAUCUGUGUUCACUUUUUCCCGAGGGUGACCAGAGAGGCCCAGAAGACCUUCCAUUUUCUACUGGAAAAGACAGCAUGAGGUAGAGCAUUUUGCAGCAAGGGCUGCUUGAACUUGGAUGAUCCAUCCCAUGAGCCUGUGUGUCUGAGGUGGUACAGCAUCACGGGCCCUUGCUUAACUCACCUGCACUGUUUCUGGUGAUGCCUUCCCCUCCUGCCCCCUUCCUGCCGAACUUUUUGUUUUUCGGAUCCUGCUCGGUGUCGCCCCACACCUUGCGAGAGCCUCAGCCACGCUCCCCAGUGGCUGAAGUAUUCGAAGGACAGGAGGAGGGAGUGCCUGCUGCCACUCUUUCUAGAGGGCGUGAAUUGACACUAAAAGCACCGCACUUGUGAAGAUGUCUCCACGCAAGGGGGGCUCCUUUCAUCUGCCCCCAGCUCCCCUACCUCCAGUUGAUCCACUUUCGGCCAAUGGGCAGCACUCAUUGCCAAACCCUCUGGCCAUUGUGCGUUGCAUUUGCGCUGUUCAGUGUGCCCCAGUGAAGCUGUUCUGAAUCGGCUGUUUGCUUCCAAGCAUGAGUUCCUGUGUAAAUGUUAGUUGUGUGCCUUCUGAGUGCUGCAUUAACAGAAGGAUUCAUCCUUAAAUGGUAAUGUUUUAAUUGUUGUACAAAUUCAGAGAGUUGAGAUGGAAAUGGUUUGCACUCUUUUAAUUAAUAAAAUGAACAUGGAAACAAC